UUCACAAGGAGUUAUUGGUAGUAGUUGUCACUUUGUUUGUAUUUAAAUAUGGUGUCUCGCAAAGUUAACCUCUUUGUUUUUGUCCUUCUUCAAGCCUUUUUCUUGCUUUCUUCGCCAGUGCACUGUGACGAGGAAAAUGAUCUUCUUCAAGGUCUCAACAGCUAUAGGCACUCUUUAAACCUGCCGGCCCUUGUCAAGCACACGAAUGCAGGAUGCCUCGCUGAUAAAAUUGCUGGCAAGCUAGAGGAUGAACCUUGUACAUCAGCCAGAGCGGCAAGCCCUGUGCAAAUAGACGACUAUCCUGACCUACUUUCAAAGUGUGGCGUUGAUGUUAAUCACACUAAUGAAGGUGUUGCAUUACCUGUUUGCGUGCCUCAUUUGGUCCCAACUUUAUUGCUAACAAAUUAUACACGAACAGCAUAUGCAAGAUACAUCAAUGCUUCAAGAUUUAGUGGAGCAGGACUUGGUCAUGAAGAUGACUGGUUGGUGGUGGUCCUGACCACAAGCACCCCUAGAGGGGACUUUGCUGGGGCUACUAGUUUGGUUUCCAGGGUCGGUCUUGGCCAUUGCUUGUUGACUUUAUUGCUAGGAGCUCUUGUUUAUCUACUGUUAGUGGGGCUGGGUUCGUUCAUCAAGUUAUUCCAAGUCUUUAUGAUUCUGCCACUAACAAGUGGCACAAACAACGGUUGCCAAUCCGGUUGGUUGAUCGCUAAGGAGGAAGCACAGGAUGAGUUAGAGUUGACUAGCCAGAAAUUGUUAUCCUUGUUUGGCAUGUUCAAGGUCUGUGCGCCAAUUGGGGGAAUAGGAACUUCUGUUCGGAUGGUGGUUCAGGUGUGGAUAGGUGUCCUUUCAGAGUAUAACAUUUUUCCAAGACACUAG